ACUGGGCUUCCAAAGAACUGGAAUGGAAAACAUUUUUACCUGAGCGCGUAGUAAAACAGGCUCAGUCACGUCCGGGUUACCUCUUUAAGAGUGCCUGAGCCGAGCUUGCACUCAUCAGUCACUUCACCUUAAGCAGUAAGAGCACGGCUCUCCGUCCAUCCUGCAGCAGGUUGUCCCUCAGUCUUCUGCGACAGAACACUCGUCUUCCACUUCAACCUCCACAUCUACACUGAGGUUCCACCAUGUUCAACAGCAAAGUCCACGAAUGUGUGGUGUGCUGCCACGAGUUCUCCCGCAGCAACCGAAUCCCACGAGUCCUCCACUGCCACCACACCUUCUGCAUCCUGUGCCUGGAGAAGCUGUGCAGGCACGAGAUCACCAUGCAGACCAUCCCCUGCCCUCUGUGCCGCUGGAUCACGUGCACCCCGGCCGACCUGGCCCUGUCCGAAGCCCUGUACAUCGACACCGAGAUCUGGAGCCACAUCACGGAGCACGAGCAGGAGGAGAGGGAGGAUCUACCGGUGGUUUUGAACGACGCAAAGACACCAGUCAAGUCGAAGCUAUCUGAUUCGAGGCAAUCCACGCUCAAAAAGUUGAUCAGCUUUUUGAAGGGCUACUGACCCUGGAGGAGAACCCUCUUCUCUCAUUGUGUUGGACUUGAAGAAGCUGAAGAUGAGCCUCAUGGAGUCUCGAGCUCAGUGAACACAACAGAUACGUCUGUGUGGCUUGUGAGGAGCCGAGACCUGAACUUUUGCUUCAAAGUUAGUUUUUAGUUUGUUUUUCUGUGAUGAACCUGGAACAAGAAGCACCGUCUGUGAAUAAGUUGUAAAAUACUGCUGAAGAGUAAUUUGCAAUAAUUGUUAUUUGUAUGUAUUUAUAAUCUAGUGUGUGUAUAUAUAUAUGUAUAUAAUAUUCUGUAAAAUAUCAGUUAAUUAAUGCUUAUUAGAUGCUGAUUUGUUUCCAGAGCAUAAUUCAGUGGCUACAAGUUUCCAACUUAGUGUUGGGCCCAUAAUGAAGGAAAAGUCAUAUUAACAGAAUAAAGUU